UGGCGGCGGAGGAGGGGGGCUCUGGCUUUUCUGCUGCUGUUGCUGCCGCCGCCGCCGCUCCGGCUGCCGCCCGGCAUAAAAAGUUCCCGCCGCGGCGGGCAGGAUGCGCGGCGGUGCCGCAUACGGAUUAACUGACCCCUUUGACAAGUUUAUGGAGCUGCCAUCUCUCUGCUUGCUGUGCUUUCCAUUUCUGAAAGGAGAAAGUGGUGUAUGAGAUUAGAGGAAAAUGCCUCGGACAAAGCAGAUACAUCCCAGAAAUCUGAGAGACUGGUGUAAAGAGGAGGAGGAAUUGAAGAGGUCCUACCUUCUCCCACCUCAACGCUGGUUCCCUGCGGCGUGUUGCCCUCCUCGCUCAUGUAUUUGCUGGUCCUGCGGUGGAAGAAGGAGCAGUACCCAGAAUAAAAUUGAAGAAGCACAAAAACAACUUAAUGGAACAGAAGACCAACAGAGAGAAAUCACUGAUGCUGGUACUAGAGGAACCCAAGAUACAAUUAAGGGUGUGAAAAGAAAAAAGAUUGUGACUGAAAACCAUCUAAAAAAAAUACCAAAAUCGCCUUUGAGGAGCCCUGCCGAAACCAAGGUUAAGCAAAAUGUAGACCCUUCGCUGCUAAAAGCUCUGCCGGAUGCCUCCGAACGCGCCGCGGCACAGGAUCACUCACCCGUGCAAAAUGGGAAUCAGUGCACCAAACAAAACGGGGGGGCGCUCAGCAGCGAGACGAGUGCUGAAACAACCAAAUCUGAGACAUCCACGCAGACAAAGCUUGCACUGACACAUCAGUCCUUAGAUUUGGGUAAACAGGCAGCGGAGGAUCCUGAUGCAAACCAACUGAGCUCACCAGAGAAGAAGUCUCUAUCAAACUCCUCAUCGAGUAAAACAAAGACUGACAGUAAUGAAUGUAUUAACUUUGCUGAUUGCAGUACAUCAUCCCCAUGUACACGUACUGCAUUCGAUGUCUUACUAAAAGCUAUGGAGCCUGAACUGAACACCUUAGCACAAGAGUGCCCCCCUUACGGGAUGCAGAUAGAGAAACUGAGACCAAAUAAAACUGUAAGCACCUCUUCUAGUCUCACCUCCAAUACGAUGAGCGUCCAAAAUCAGUCUGCUUUGUCACAGCGUGAGUUUGCAGCUGGACCUCACUACUACCCGUGUGCGCUAAACAAUGUGCAUGUAGCAACAACCACCAAAACUGGACAAGCACAAGGCCAGUCAGUUUCUCACUCACAAGACCUUAUUACAAAAACCGGUCAACAAAAUCACCAGGUUGUUAUGUGUCCAAGUUUCACGAGACAGCUGGUGCAGCAGCAGAGUCAAGAAAGCCCCAAGGUGCAGCAGAUGUACAGCAUAGCAGUAACUUCGUCUGUCGUUCACACCUCAUCUUCCACUGUAACUCAGGUUUUUCCGCAAAGCCAGUUGGUAGCUAGUUCGUCUUCGCCUUUGUCAAUUAGCACAUCGAGUUCAACACACUUGUCUAUAGGUCCCAUGUAUAAUUCAGCCCAGAUAGCAUCAGUUGUAAACCAUGGUGUAGAACAAAUAUGUAACCUCCUGAAAGACCAGAAGCCUAAAAAGCUAGGGAAAUACGUCUGUGAGUAUUGCAAUCGGGCCUGUGCCAAGCCCAGUGUUCUCCAAAAGCACAUCCGGUCCCAUACUGGAGAGCGACCCUAUCCUUGUGUGACGUGUGGGUUUUCGUUUAAAACCAAAAGCAAUCUGUACAAGCACAAAAAAUCUCAUGCACAUGCUAUCAAACUUGGACUUGUCCUACAACCAGAUUCGAGUGGCCUCUUCUUAUCUCAUGACUCGGACAAAGCACUUAGCAUUCAUUCAGAUGCGGAAGAAAGUGGUGAAAGUGAAGAUGAAGGCACUGCUGAUGAAAGACAAGAUGACCAAGAACUGGAACCUACGCAAAUAGUGAAAGUCAUUUCGAGUGCAGAAACGUUGCGGAAAGAAAGCCCUAUUCCAUUAAGCAACCCAGAUUGCAUCCCAGGUGACUCUUCAUUACAUGAUACAGAACCUCAAGUAAGGGCAGCUUUACCAAAAGUAGUGGUUCAUCCUGUAAAUGUUUCUCCGUUAAGGGCCGAUAGCCCAAAAGUAACAGAGCCAGCACCUGAGCUUGCUGCAGCACAGAGGAAAGGAGAUUUUAAAGUGACAACUCUUCAGUCAAAUUUAACACAUACAGCCUCGUACAAGGAGAAUGACAUAAAGCAGCACCAGAAAGUAGAAACGGGCCAAUUGGAGGAGCAGCUGGGAUCUGCAGUCGGGGCAGCGCAUGCUCAGCUCCAGAGACAACAGGCAACCGAUGGUUCCCAAGAUCAGCAAGGAAAAUGUCUUUUGAGCCCUAGAAGUUUAGGUAGUACUGAUUCUGGUUAUUUCUCUCGUUCUGAAAGUGCCGAUCAAACGAUGAGCCCACCAGCUCCUUUCGUAAGGGCUUUGUUGACCUCUGAGAAAGAUCCAAAUAAAAACCUGCCCUGUGUGCCACGAGCAAGUGGCGUUGUAGCAUCAGUGGUACAAACUGUUUGUGCCGAAAAAAAUAUGAUUCUUUCUGGCCAAAUGCGGCCUCCCAUGGCAACCAAAACCCUUGAGGAGCGUAUCUCAAAGUUAAUUUCUGAUAAUGAAGCUGUUGUGGAUGACAAACAGUUGGAUAGUGUGAAACCAAGAAGAACAUCUCUUUCGAGAAGAGGCAGCAUAGAUUCACCAAAAUCCUACAUAUUUAAAGACUCUUUCCAGUUUGAUUUAAAGCCCAUGGGAAGAAGAACUAGCUCAAGUUCUGAUAUACCAAAGUCUCCUUUCACACCCACUGAGAAAUCAAAGCAAGUUUUUCUUCUUUCUGUACCGUCCCUUGACUGUUUACCUAUAACACGAAGCAAUUCCAUGCCUACUACCAGUUACUCAGCAGUACCUCCAAAUGUGAUACCUUCCUCUCAUCCCCUUCGAGGAAGUCAGUCGUUUGAUGAUAAAAUUGGCUCUUUAUAUGAUGAUGUUUUUGUAUCAGGACCUGCUACUCCACUGAACCAAGGUGGACAUCCUCGGACCCUUGUUAGACAGGCAGCAAUAGAAGAUUCUUCUACGGGUGAAAGCCAAGUUCUUGGACCAGCACGAUCUGUAGAAGAAAGUUAUCUGGGGUGUAAUGUGUCAAAUGAAUCUUUGUUGCAAAGGAGCAAGUCCCUAGCACAGGGAUCAAAUUUAGAAAAAACAAAGAAGUCCCCUCAGGUGCGAGGAACAAUGUUUGAGUGUGAAACCUGCAGAAACCGAUAUAGAAAACUGGAAAAUUUUGAAAACCACAAGAAAUUUUAUUGUUCCGAGUUGCAUGGACCUAAAACUAAAGCAGCAAUCCGAGAGCCUGAGCAUAAAACUGUUCCGAACAGUACACAGCCUCAGAUUCUACACUACAGAGUUACUACUUCAACUGGCGUCUGGGAGCAGACACCUCAGAUAAGAAAAAGAAGAAAAAUGAAAAGUGUUGGUGAUGAUGAUGACCCACAGCAAAAUGAUACGAGCGUACCAUCAAAAAACACAGAAGGCCAAAGCAAGCCAGUUAAUUCCUCCAGUCUGUCAAAACACAGUGCGACAACAGUGGUAGGAUCACAACAGCCAAGCAACCUUCUGCUUCAAAGUUCCCAAAUUCAGCUUGUGGCUCGAGGCACAGAUCAGACUCCCGAGCCAAAGAUGGCUCCGCUCAUUGAAAAGCAGGCAAGCUCAGCCGUGCAGGAAAAGGUGGAGUUGAAAAGACAAGGGACUGGCAUUUCAGUAAUACAGCACACCAAUUCCCUGAGCAGAAACAGCUCGUUUGAGAAAUCAGAGUCAUUUGAACGAGUAUCACCAGUUUCUUCUCAAGAGUCCAACAAGGUUGCAAAGCACCGCACUGUGAAUACAGUUGUCAUCCAAGAGGACAGACAUUCUCAUGUCAAUGCUCCCCAGCAUCAUCAACCCCUGUCGUCUGAAGCGCUUCGAGGGGAAGUUCAGGGAAGCCAAAUGGUUUCCAAUGAGAGAAGCGCACCGCUUCAGCCAUCGAGGCUUGUUCGCCAGCAUAACAUCCAGGUUCCUGAAAUACUGGUCACAGAAGAACCUGACAGGGAACAGGAGAACCAAUGCAGCGAUCAGGAAAAGACGGAGAGGUUUAAUUGGCCACAGCGCAGCGAAACGCUGUCAAAAUUGCCAACAGAAAAGCUUCCACCCAAGAAGAAAAGAAUUCGCUUGGCUGAAAUGGAGCAUUCGUCCGCCGAAUCGAGCGUCGACUCCACGCUUUCCAGAAGCCUCAGUCGGGAGAGUAGCUUGUCUCAUGCCUCCAGCUUCUCGGCUUCACUCGAUAAAGAUGAAACUUCGAAGGCUGAGAACCCCCCCAAAGCAGAGCUCGUUAGUAAGUCAUCAGAGUUCCUCAUGAUUCCCGCUGGCUCCCACGCGCUGGCUGUGCCCGGCCCUCAUUACCGGGAAAUGAGACGUGCCGCCUCAGAGCAGAUCAGCUGCACGCAGCCGUCCAUGGAGGUUGUGGACUACAGGAGUAAGUCUUUUGACUGUGGAAGCAUGUCUCCCUCCAAACCUGCCUCACUCGUAGAGAUAGCUGCUCCGAAAGUGUCAUCUGCAAAUGGAGUUACUGGACAUGUGCCUCUACUAGAAAGGAGGAGGGGGCCAUUUGUAAGACAGAUAUCUUUAAAUAUCGCUCCAGAAAGUCAUCAGCCUCAAGUUAAAUCGACUUCCUCAUUUCAGACGGCUCAUGCCGCAGACGUGCCCGCAGUGCCGUCGCACAGGCUGCAGACCUCCGGCACUUCUUCCGUGGAGUUUCCAUCAAGCACUCAGCAUUCACAGACUCACUCCAGGCCUCCCUCGGCAAUGCAGAAUUGUAAUCCUGUUAGCCUGUCUUCGGUUCAGCAGCCUCUAGAUCACGUGUUGAAUAAUCAAGGACAGCCAUCCUCCACACAUCAGCCUUCCCAGACGUCUACUAAAACGUCAGCCCACGGGACACAAGCGAGCACAUACACACUUUCCGGUCAUCCCGAUGAAAAGAAGGAUUGUUUUGCUCCGAAGUAUCAACUUCAAGUAAAAACAUUACAUAUAGGUCAGCCAUACUCUUCUAAAAUGCUAAAAAAUACUUCAUCGACUCAGACAGUUCCAGGUCAAGUUGGGGUGGACCAAAAUGCAUCCUCCUUUGAAUUGCAGACUAAACUGUCUGACAUGUCUAACCCAUACUCCGUGCCUCCUCUAAAGCAGAUUGUCCCUAAUAACUGCAGCAGUCAGAUACAUCCGAUUCCUCCUUUUGUGGUUCCCGUCCGUAUUCACAGCAGCGUGCCCUCCUAUGGCUUUGCGACUGUUACACCCCUCCCUCACAUUCUAGUGACCCAGGAUCAGGUAAAUCAAUCUGUUUGCAAAACAAAUGUCGCGACAGUGCCAACACUUGAAGGCAAAACUCAGCUGCCAAAAUCUCACAAAGAUCAUCAGAGGACUUUGCCAAAUUCAUUUGAAUUUGAAAAUUCCCUACCAGAAAGCGGAACCAGAAAUUCACCUUUGUCAAGCUCUUUGAAUAUUAUACAGAAAGUGCCAGUUAGUGGACUCUUCCCUCAACAAGAAGCUACAGCUUCAAGUAAACGAAUGCUUUCCCCAGCCAACAGUUUGGACAUUGCCAUGGAAAAACAGCAGAAACGAGUCAAAGAUGAGAGUGGAGCUGCCUGCAUGACAGAUGCCAGACCACUGCAUUCACUGAACGUUAGAUCUAAUGACCCUACCAGUAAGCAAAAGAAACCAGUUUUGGUAAGACAGGUUUGCACCACAGAGCCCCUUGAAAAUCACCUCUUAGAUCCUGAUGGUGUUACACAGCAUGAAAAAAGCAGCAAAGCUGGUACUUCAGACCUGCUGUUGCCUGACCGUCAUUCCUCUGACACUGGGGCUUCAGAAGCCCUAAAGGAGUCACCAGAAUCUGAAGACCUUAAGUCUUCAGCAUCGCCAGUGUUUGCAGUUAGAAAACCAUCCGAAUUGUCUCCCGUGAAUAAUCAGAGUUCCCUUCUCAAGGCUGUAAGCAGCAGCCAAGAAAGAAGGUCCCCAAGUAACAGUAAUGAGAGCAAGCACAUCAGUAGCCAGGGCCAAGCAAAGCCUGUAGCUACACUGGCUGCGAUGAACGCAGGAGAAAUCCAGAGGUUGUCGUUCCCAAGCCUCAAGACCUCAACGAGUUUCACCUGGUGUUAUCUCUUGAAGAGAAAACCAUUGCACCUGCUGCAAAACGAUCAGAAGAUCUCAGCCUAUUCUACCUGGACCAUUAGUCCCAACAAUCCCAAUCCACUUGGUUUGUCGACAAAGGUAGCUCUCUCCCUCCUCAAUUCAAAACAAAAAGUUGAAAAACCUCUGUACACUCAAGCCAGAACUACUCACCCCAGAUCCGAUGUAUUGGUCUAUUCAAGCAAGUGGAAGAACAGCUUAACCAAGCGAGCGUUAAACAGAAAAAAAUUGACUGCAGCUGAAUUCAGCAAUAAGGAAAACUCUGAAUCAAGCACUGAGCAUGAUAAAGAGAACUCCUUUGUCAAAACUGAACCAAGAAGAGUUAAAAUAUUUGAUGGAGGGUACAAAUCAAAUGAAGACUAUGUGUAUGUUCGGGGGAGAGGCAGAGGGAAGUACAUCUGUGAGGAAUGUGGGAUACGUUGCAAGAAGCCCAGCAUGCUGAAGAAGCAUAUUCGCACACAUACCGAUGUCCGUCCUUACCAUUGCAAUUACUGCAACUUUUCCUUCAAAACUAAAGGAAAUUUAACAAAACAUAUGAAGUCAAAGGCACAUAGCAAGAAAUGCAUGGAUUUGGGAGUCUCGGUAGGCUUAAUAGACGACCAGGAUGGAGAAGAAGAAUUUGGUGAGAAGCAAAGAUUUGGGUAUGACCGGUCAGGAUACGAUGUGGAGGAGUCCGAUGGUGCGGAUGAAGAUGAAAAUGACAAUGAAGAUGAUGAUGAAGACAGUCAGGCUGAGUCAGUCCUGUCCACAACCCCCUCGGUGACGGCCAGCCCCCAGCAUCACCCCUCUCGGCACGGCCUGCAGGACACCCCCAGCGCCGAUGAAGACAUCAGACUUCCAGACUGUUUUACUGGGGUUCACACGGACUCGAUGGAUGGGCUGCCAAAAGCGCUGCUGACGAAGAUGACCGUCCUUAGCGCGGUGCAGUCUGUCAGCAGGACCUCCAGGUCACCAGCAGAAUUCACCCACCAGGAAGCACAUGAGGAUAAAGCCCAGGAGAGGGGAGCGGGUCCCCAGAGUGGUAGCGCAGCGCUGGCAGACGUCCCUCCUACAUCUCCAGGUCGCCAGAUGUCUGUGGAUUACCCCGAUCCAGAAGCAGCCUUGGGCCACUCCUUACUAUCAACUGCAGCUCUUACAAAGAGCACGCCCUCCGUCAGCUCUCCCUCCUCGCCGGUGGACAGCAGCCUGCCGACCACAGCACCGUCCCCCUACGCCGAAAUCCCGGAGGAGAGGCUGGCCGGGUGCCCGCAGCAGGCCGCCGAGCUGAGGGCUCCCCAGACUCACCUCUUCAGCCACCUCCCCCUCCACUCGCAGCGCCAAGCCAAGGCGCCCUACGGCACGGUGGCACCGCUCGGGGGGAUUCAGGUGGUCCCCGCCGGCCUGGCCACCUAUUCCACCUUUGUCCCCAUCCAGGCGGGGCCGGUGCAGCUCACUAUCCCCGCCGUCAGCGUGAUUCACAGAACUACCAGCGCCCUCGGCGAGACGGGUGGCGCGGCCGCUGGCGCCGCCGCCAACCCCAUGGGGAUGGCCGAGGUGAACAGCGUGGUGCCCUGCAUUCCCAUCGGCCAGGUGAGCGUGCCGGGCAUCCAGGGCCUCGGCCCGCCCGGCCUGCAGCCUCUGCCGCCGCUGGGCAUGGAGACGGUGAACAUCUUGGGCCUGGCAAACACCAACAUCGCCCCGCAGAUGCGGCCUCCGGGAAUCACCCUCAACGCCGUGGGCCUGCAGGUUUUGGCCCCGCAGGGCAGCCCCAGCCCGCAGGCCCACAUUCCUGGCUUGCAGAUACUGAACAUCGCCCUGCCCACCCUCAUCCCCUCCGUCAGCCCCCUGGGCGCUGAGGGGCAAGGAGCCUCCGAGGCGCCCGCCUCAGGCAGCGAGGCCCAGCCGGAGCCAGCUCCCGUUGGCUUCCCCGCCGCUGAGGUCGGCCAGGCCAGCAGGGCCACUUCUCCUCCUCCUCCUCCUCCUCCUCAGCGGUACGGCGGGAAGAGCCAUCCCGAGCCCACCCCACCGCUGACCGACAGCCCGGGGAAAGGGGAUCCCGAAAAGACUGACCUCGUGAGCCCCGCCAAGCCAAAGCGCGACGUCCCUUCCCUCCCGGCGAAGAGGGCUGCCCUGGCCGAGCCCCGCUCCAAGGCGAGUCCCGAGGCAUUAACCAAGUCCUCCCCGGUCCACCGAACUGUCUCCCCGGACAGACAGGUGUUUUGAAGACAUCAGGGUCAAGAGAUGGAAGUGGUAUCUUGGAGAAUGCCAAAACAACAGAUAUGUCAUAAAGAGGAAUGUUAAGACAUAUGUCACUUGUGUUUCAGAGCAAGAGCUCACACACCUAAUGCUGAUUAAUUCUGCUGGACUGAGUAACUGGCUCCCCUGUGGAUAUCCUGUUUUCCUGUGAAUCAUCAUUCCUCCUUGAGACAUCCUCCAACUCAGAUCAAAGAUCCAGAACGUAUUAGAUAUGAAGACAUCAGACAGCUUAAACAGAUUAGAAAAGACAUACACAAAGAAAAGCAACCCCAUUUCUCCCUCCUGUCCUGCUGAAAAUUGGCAUGGUGAACACAAUCCUAAGCAAUAAAAGAAACAGUAGGCAGAAAAAAGGAGAGGCUCUGGAAGUUGCUUAGUUUAUCCAGAGUUUUCUACAAAUUAUCCUUUCAAAGUAUUUGCAAUUUUGUACUUACUUAGUUCUCCCUUUCCGUUGGAAACUCUUCAGGAUAGAUCCUCAUCUGAUGGAAGAUGACACCCGCAAGCUUCAGCAGAGCUGCACCAACUGCACGGCGGAGGACUUGGUACUAUCCAUUUAACUAUUGAGCCUUGCCUACAAACACACAAAUUAAAGGAACAUGAAAACACAUGAUCUGGUUUUUUUCAAGUUUAUGCAGUCUGUUGUGUUCUUGAUGGUUUUCGUCGAUUUUCCAUUUCAAUAUUUGAACAACUGAAAAGAUUCUGUACCAGUGAAAUGCCAAAACCUAAGGUCAAGAGGUCAAACUAGAUUACCUUAAUAGUCUCUUCUCCCCUUACAAUCUUUGAACACAGGUUUUAUCUGAUAAAGCAGUUAAAGCUGAAACCAUGACAAAUCUUCAUUUCAGCACCAUUUGAUCUUGAAGAUUGCACAAAUAAUUAGUCUUUUAAGAUUCUGAACUUUUUAAAAAUAGAUUUUUAAACUCUCCUUUUAAUGGGUGUCUUUUAAUCCUUAUGUUUAAGCAUAAGAGCCGUGUUUGAUCCAAGACACUGGACAAUGUGUUUGGAUAGCUGGAGAGCCAUUUUUAUGGGAGUGUCUGAACAACAUACUGUGUUUUUUCAAGAAGUUGUUCCUCCACUCAGUGGAAAUAGCUGAAUGAAGGACCACAGGACUGUCCUUUUUCUGUCAUUAAGCUCAAAUAAAAGGAAGAUAAAAUGCGUUGCUCUUACAUCUUAGAGUGGAUUGUAUCUGGCUUUUAGUCCUGGACUUCAAACUCUUCUAUUAGCCUUUUGUGCUUGGAAGGGAAAAGAAACACUUUGAACCUUACCCACUGUGAAUGGUCACUGGAAAGCAAUGGAGGAAAGAAUACCCAGCAGGAAUAUGCUCUGCAAAUGCUCAGCAAAAUCAUUAGAUCUGAAUAUUCUUAAUCAAUGAGGUUUUGGCAGAAUUAAGAGUGUUUUUUUUAUCUAGCCUAUAGUUUGUCCAAGUCCCUAGGUGGGGUUCAGCUGUUUAUAUUUUCUUUGAGGAAAAAUGUCAGCAAGGUCUGAUCCUGACUUGUUCUCUGCCUCCAAAAAACCCCCAAUGUGGGAGUAUCAGCAUGUGGCACAGUCAUGGGAGGCACAUGAACACAGCUGUCAGGGCCACCACAACUCUCCAAGGGAGGUGGGACUGGGUUUGAAGGAAUAAGGGCCAAAUAAUGUGAAAAAGAUCCGCCUUCUGCAUAGAGACAGAAACCCUAUUGCUUAGUCCUGAGGAGAAAUGGAUACUCUUUUCAUUUUUCAUAAUCCAUGGUAUUCCUGUCUUUUUCCUGAUCUUAUGCCUUUAGUUGGACCCAUGUAUGCAAUGCACAUGAAAUCAGCGAUGCACCACAAACAACGACUGAUAAGGUCAUUUUCCAACACUCGAGAGAAAGAGGAACUGUUGGUGUAGCCAGUCUGGAAAGCAGUUUUGAGGUGCCAGGUAGGCAUGCCAGAACACGUGCUUGAAACUUCACUAGCCAUGUAGGAUAUUAUAUCCCAUCCUUAGCCUCAUCUGAUGGCAUCCAGGGCAGCAGUGAGGGAGCUGAGGACUGACAGCAUUUUAAACAGGUGCCACCUAGUGCCUUGAAUGAGUUCAAACUCUCACUUCAU